GUCGCGCAGCCAGCCGACGAUUCAGUUGACGUCUGCUAUUUCUGACGUGUUUGGUACCCGAGUUUAGACCUGCUCAAAAUUAAACUGUGUCUGUUUGUCCACGUGCUGUUGUGUUAAGCGCAUUCAGCAUGAGCUGGACCAACAGAAUGGCUCGUCAUGGAAGUGAACGCUCGCUCCACUCGCUGAGUUUAACUUCGGCCCGGAGUUCUGGGCAAUCCUCCGCUCCCGGCGUCCCGGAUCCCCCCGGCGGUAUCAGCGUCGUUAUGAAAUCGCCCCCGACGUCGGCGAACGCCGCUGUCUCUUCGACGCCCUUGCAGACGCCGUCCCCGACGUCGGGCGAAAAUUCGCGCAUUCCCCGGCCAUCUCCGGCGCCCCUUCGACGCGCCGGGAGUUUACGCGUGCGCGGGGAACGUACCCUGGCACACCAGCAUCACAGGACCCCCGUGGGUUCAGCCGUCCACCACCUCCAAGGGAACACCAGGCACCCGCAGGAGUUCUUCCCCGCCAUCACGGAGAAUGGAGUCAGUUCGCCCCGGCACCGAUCUCUCAGUUUGUCACUGACACCAGUGCGGCCGCGAAAUAGCAACGCGGCCGCGAGCUUAGGGGCUGAUGACAGCGAUGCGGAUAGCCUAAAAAGCUAUGGGAGUGCUUGCAGCACCGCAAGCGCCUGCGAUCAUGCACUGUUUGCGCUAAAUGGUACGACUUGGUCUGGGAAGUCGCGGAAAUACGUUGUGCACUGUUCCAAUCACAAUGGUGAAACGGAACGGUAUCUUACACCGACUCAACGUGCUGCUCGUCAGAUAAGGAAGCUUCAAACUCUUUUGAGCGAUGCGAAGAAGGAAAUCGAGGAAAAAGAUAAAGAGAUAUUUCGCCUGGCUAAGGAAGUUGUGGAAUUACGAUUGUACAAAGCGUCUCUCAACAGCCCUGACGAUAGAACAGACAGCAGCGAUGCUUUGACUGUUCGUGAAAAUAAUCCUUUAUCUCCUGAAUCACCUUGCAAAGAUCUUCCAGAUGAGGGGUGCCUCAAGUCUCCUACUAACCUAGAAAGUCCCGAAAAAAUUAAUUCCUCAGACCUGCCUUCGUCAUUGGCCGAUUCCGGGAACUUUGAAGAUAGUUCAGUUCAUUCCAAGGAUUCUGUCUCCUUUCCUCCUACCAGCACCAACUUUUUGAACAGUAGACAAAAUAACGAACGCGAUGAGGAAAGACGAAGAAUUGUUAAUUUGUACGAAAGUAGGAUUGAGGAGAUGCAUCGCACGCAUAUCGACGAAUUGCAGUCCCUUAAACAAAAACACAAUGACAAGGUGGAGAGUCUUCUUACACAACUAUCCGAAAUAAAUAUAAGAUAUUGUGAAGUUCGUCCGAGUAUGGAUGCUGCAGAAACACGAUCUCGCGAGUUGGAAACCGAGUUAGAGGCUGUGAAAAAAGAACUUGGGGAACAAAAAGCUUUGCUGGAUGAGCAAGAGGAAAGAAAUAAACAGAUGUACCUGAAAAUGUAUGCCAAAGGUCAAGAGGCAGCUCGUAUAGAACAUGCUGACCAGAUAUUGGAGCAAGCGCAUCAAACUCCGUCGAAAGUAUCCGUACCUGAAUUACUGCAGCAGUUAACCAUAACGAAAGCCGAACUAGAGAAUAUUAAGGAUACAAGCUACACGCCUGAACCUCACAUUUCAGCCGAUAGUAGCAAAACUUUGUUAAGCGCUAAGGAGGCUGUUUCUCUCUGGGUCCUUGGCGUUCGUAAGGCAAUGUAUCGGCGCAUCAUAGAAUCACGAAGCAGCCAAGGAGCUCUGGAUCCUGAAAUAACCCUGCAAUUCCUGAAGUCAGCAGUUUACUACUUUCUGACGGAUAGAGAAAACCACAACGGUCACUUAAACGCUAUUGAAAGUAUCUUAGGUUUUACUGAAGCAGAGAAACAUAACAUCGACAAACUUUAUCGAUCCCUUAGAAAAUAAUGAUUACCUAUUCUAAAACUAUGCCUUCAUUGUCGUCAAUAAUGUUAAUAAUGAUGUAUGGUGCUGUAAUCGAUUGCAGUUUAUGGAAAAGGUUUUUUCAGUUCAUAAAGUAUACUCAUUAUACUAUUAAUUACUUCUUAUCAACGAUUGGUUGAUCAACAUUGUCAAUUCUUUACAGCUGACUCUUAAACCAAACAUUUCUGAUGUCUAGAGAAGUAUACGGUGAAAUUUUCCAGAACAUUUUUCAUUUUCAAAUCGAUUUAUGAAUCUAUGUACAGUCGAUUCUCUCAAUAGUGUCGGUCAAGGGGGUGUAGGGGAGGAUAUUUCUAAGAAUUAACGUAACCCCACCAACGAGCACGACGUGCAUUUAUAGUACUUUGAACCGAGACUUUUGUAAUAGGGCUGCAAAAGCCCACAACAACCACGCUA